UACACGGUACAUUCUGUUUUUUGGCACGUGUGGACCACCCUUAAACUUAUUUUUUUAUACAGUACAUUGUCCUACAACAUCACUUUCAGUAUCUAUCUAUGUAUUUUGAUGGGAUGAUCGGAUCCACGCCUCUCGCCGACCAAAUGGACAUUGUUUAUGAUGCUGCAAAUGCAACUUUCCUGGACGCACAAUAAAUUUUUGUUGGUCGUAUAGGAACCAAUAAUACAUUUUAUACCAGAGCCUACAAAUCUGAAACUUAUGUCUAAAAAGGUGGAAAAUUAGAUCUAAUACUUUGUACAUAUUGUAUAAGAAAGUUUGUCCUUCGACGAUGGCGAUAUCGAUGGACACAGAGGAAGUGACAAUAGUUUCCCAGAUACUACGACGUCCAAAAAAGGACAAGCUUGCGAAAGCGUUUGUCUUUUUACAAAGCAAUCCACAAGAAGAUACCGCGGCUACCAGCUCAACUGCCGAUCGAAUAUCUAAUGAAUCGCUAGCUUGCGCACAAAAGGAAACCGCCUCCAGAGGGAAUCUUAAAACAUCUUCAGUGAUACGUGAAGUGCAAAGCAUGGGUUUCAACAGCGACCAAAUCCUCAACGCACUAGUCGAACUGGAAAUGCGAGAAAACAAUCCGCUACAAGAGCUGACAAUUGAAUCCCUUUUGCAACUGAUACUGGACUUGUCUUACAGUUCGGACGAUUUUCAACAUGUUCCCGAGAACGAAACUACGAGUGCUACGAUGGUGAAUGCCGAACAACAAACGUAUGAAAAUUUCGAAGCGACGUCUGACAUUUGCGACAAAGCAAAAGAUUGCAUCAUCUGCAUGGAAGAGCCGGCGGAAAUGGCAUUCAUACCUUGCGGACACAUCAAAACCUGUACACCCUGUUCCGAUCUGGUUAUGCUAUGCCCGGUCUGCAGAAAACGCAUUAGAAAUCGGAUGCGAAUUUAUUUUUAACUCUAAACUUUCCCAACAUUAGAAACCGGUUUAAUACUAAGCAAAACAUGACCGAAAUAAUCAUUCUUCCCGUCAAAUAAAAUACUAUUAAAUAACCACUACAAUAAACCGAAAACAAUAUUGAGCGACCAAGCAGGCUCUGGAACGAAGAAA